AUGUCGAAACUACCAGGAAAUGCAGGUGUGUCGGUACUCGGGGACAAGUCGCUGGAGUUUUACCGGGACCCGGUGAGCUUCUGCCGGCAGAGGAUCGAGAAACACCACAGCAGAGUGUUUCAGUGCCGUCUGCUGAACAGACCGACCGCCUUCAUCUGCUCAGUGCAAGGGAUGAGAGAGCUAUUGUGUGAGAAGUCAAACUUGUUUCUGAAGGAUCCAACGGACUUGAUGACCAACAUGUAUGGUGACACUAUUGUCACCACUAAUGGGGAGGAGGCAUGUCUACUCCGUCUGUCUCUCACAAGUCUGUUCACUGGAAGCUGUUUGGAAUCAUCCACUGAUUACAUCGAUAGUGUAAGUGACCGCUGUCUGAAGGAUCUUUCUAACAGUGGCGAGCCAGUGUGUGCGUACUCUGCCUUUAAGCGUCUGGGGACAGAGUUGGUGUUGGGCCUUUUCUUGAACGUUCGAGCAGAAGAGCAGCCUGAACUCUACCAGGAAAUCGCGCAACUCUGCACCCAACACUGGCAUGGGCUGAUCUCUGCUCCGGUGAACGUGAAGGUUCCUCUGUGGUCGUCAGGUUUCUCCACCGCUCUUGAUGCUAGAGACAAACUGAUGGACAUCAUCAAAGACAAACUGGAAAAUGACAAACAUGGUUUUGUGGGCUCUCUUGCUUCUUUGCCGCUGCCUGACUCCAGCUCCGCCUCCCAGCAUCUCCUGCUGUUCAUCUCAGCUCUGAUCCCCAAAGCUCUGUCCUCGCUGCUCACAUCCUUUACACUGGCACUCAGUGGAAACGAACAGAUGCGCCAGCAAGCCCUGGAAGAGCCUGAUUUCCUGCACAGAGUACUGCUGGAGGUUCAGAGACUUUGGCCUCCUUUCAUUGGUGGACGCAGACUAGCUGAUCAGGAUGCCACCCUCGCAGGGUUUCUGGUCCCAAAGAAUCACGGUGUCAUCUAUGUCAGCCACUCUGUCCACCGAGACCCUGAGGUCUUCCAUGAGCCAGACAGCUUCCUUCCAGAGAGAUGGAGUGGACGGAAUGCAGGUCAAGAGCACUUGCUGUGUUCCUUCGGUAACGGGCCAAGAGGCUGCAUUGGAACUAAACUUACCGAUGUCUUCCUGAAGGAAGCGUGUAUGUAUUUGUUAAAGCACUACGACUGGUGUUUGGAUCCUCCAUCACAGGACCUGGAGUACAAAUGGCUGCCUGUGUCUCGGCCCGCCAACACCCCCACCAUCUCCUUCACCCGACUGGAUCCGACCAGAUCUGACAGGAGCAAAACCAGCUAAGGAUGCACAGUAUGCUUAGUGAUGCACCUGCUGAUAAGUUAGAGAAAAAAAUAACAACAUAUGUGAACUAAAAACUGUAGCUGAAGGCCUGGUGCCUGUCUAGAAUUUGAAGGGGAGAAAAAAAAAGCCCCAGAUAAAAUAUGGAGACACACAGAGGGAAGCCAGCACUGUGAGGUUUCCCCCCGCUGUGUUUAAUACAGUAAUCGUCCUGGGGAAAGCCGAGGAGCGCGCUGCUUUCAGUCUGCGUGUUCCUCUGACAGAUACUCUGCAGCUUUGCUUGAUAAAUCUGCAACAGAAGUAAAAAAAAUAAAUAAAUGACUCAUUCCUCUAUUGUUAAAUCAGUCGUUUCUUGGCUGCAUUUCGUGGUCUCUUUGAAUGAGUCAUUUAUUUCACUUCAAAAAGAUUAAUCAUCAAAACUCGUUGUCUUAAUGAUCCUGUCAUCUGUCGUUGCUUUGAUCAUGAAUUUAGAUUUACUUUGAUUUUGCCUUUUUUAUGGUCGUGUUUGAUUGUGAACUGGAUUUGAAAUCACCUCCAACAAGGCAGCUUCUAUGAGGUAGAAUUGCAUCUUUGUCCCAACACUGCAGUAUCAAUAUUAAAACCUUGUACAUCCCACCAGUACACACACACACACACACACACACACACACACACACACACACACACACACACACACACACAGAGGUAAACCCUCAGAUUUCAUCACUUAAUGCCAACCUGUCUUCCCUCCCCCCUCCACCUCCUAGCAACCACAACUGCUUAGCAACUGUUCAUCAUACUGACACUGACUCACUUUCCUUUGGUAUGCAAGUCUCACACACACACACACACACACACACACACACAUACGCACACAUGAAGAUGGUAAUUACUGACAUGAUAAACACACCACGGGAUCACAUGAUAGUGUUGCCAUCGGGCUUUUCAGAGCAUGCGCCAAAAUUUGAAAUAACCUUCCUGACCUGAAUAAUUUUGAGCGUCAUGAAUCAUAAACUAAUCUUGUUCUGUGUCUUCAGCAUUGAUUUAUUUUAUUUUAAACUCCUUAUUUAUUAUUAAGUUUACAAAACAUGUGUUCUUUGUCUUUUUUGUGUCUUUGCUUUUAGCACAUAUUUACGUGCUUCAUUUAUCGAAUGUCUUUUUUUAAUGUUGAGUUUGGCCUUAGUGUUUUUACCAGUGUCUUAUUUCCUUGUCAUUUUAGUCAAAUAAACGUUUAUCAUGCUGUCUUACUACAAAUGUUGCCUGUGCACUACAUUUUAGUGAAAAUAAUUGAAUAACAUUUAGAUUCACACUAGUUGCCUUUGUUUACAGCUGGAGCACUUUGAAUGCUAGUGACUCCUAUCUAAUAGUGUCUAAAAAAUACUAGGAGAUCAUUGAAUGAUUCAAGGACAAAGAAAAUAAAGAAAAUAACUGAUACCUUA